AUGCGCAUAAUAAAAGUUAAUUAUGCUUUAUUUCAAGCGUUAUGGUCUGUCAUCACAUGUUUGCCAUUAUUAGCAGAAUAUGGGUAUCAAAGAUUUUUUGUAUUAAAGAGAAAGCGUCGACAAAUUAUAAAAGAAAAUGUUUAUUAUGGAAGCCAUUUGAAUACAAAUCGUCUCGACCUUUACAUUCCGGAUACCGCAAAAUUACAACAACAACUUUAUAUUGAAGCUACACAUCCAGUGAUCGUGUUUCUUUAUGGUGGAGGUUGGAGUAGUGGGGAUAAACUCUUGUACAUUCUUUUAGCCCUCCGGCUAAGAAGGUUGGGUUAUGUAGUAGUUGUUCCUAAUUAUACUUUGUAUCCAAACGGAAAGAUUGAUUCGAUGAUUUCCGAUGUAAAAUUGUCUUUAAUUUGGACAAGUGCCCAUUUAGCUGCUCUCGUUACAAUUCGAGAUGCGAUAAUUAAAUCCGAGACUAUAGAAGGUCGGGUCAAUUCAAAACUAGUGGAUAUUGAUCCAGAAUUAGAAUUACCAAAAAUUAAUGGUUUAAUACUUUUAGCUGGUGUAUAUGACAUAUCAAGACAUUUCUUGUGGGAGGCUAAGCGUGGUUUAGAGGAACUUUCUGCAAUGGCUCGAGUAAUGGGAGAUACAGAAGAGAACUUUGCUUUGAAUUCUCCUACAAUACUUCUUGAAAAUGCUUUGAAAAGUAGUGAUAUAAAUCUUGAUAAAUUAAAAAGUUUGAUGCCUCCCAAAAUAUUAUUUAUUCAUGGUAUUAAAGAUACUUCAGUUCCCUUAGAAUCUACCUUAAGGUUUAAUUAUGUGUUAAAUCAAUUAUGCAUAAAGGAUCUGAGAUUGAGAAUGCCGACGGAUAUGGAUCAUUUCGAUCUAGUAUCUGGUUUAAUGUAUCAUCCUCGUAAAAACAAAAUUUCUUCUCAACUACAAUAUGAACUUGCUGUCUUUAUGUCAUCUUAA